GGUCAGAUAAAUUCACGGGCCUUAGGGUUAAACGUACAGGUUGAUCAGUUUAUGUGUAUGACCUCAUGGCGUACCACAUACAAGGUAAGAUGCAAAAUGUCUGGAGUAAGACACGACUGUGUGAUGAUACCAGAUAUUCCUUCAUCGAUCCGGAUUAUCACUUAACCAUAGAGGAUUAUUUCCAAAACGUUGGCCUGAGAGAGAAGAGCCCCACAGACAUGAUGCUGGUGAAGAAGGAGCAGAAGGAUGCAGAGCUGGAUCGAAAGAUUGAAGCACUUCGAAAAAAGAAUGAGGCUCUUAUGAAGCGCUAUCAGGAGGUGGAGGAGGAUAAAAAACGGGCGGAACAGGAGGGCAUGACGAUGCAGAGCCGCAAAGGGAAAGUUGAGGAUCUGACUAUCACCAUAAAUAAGUCCACAACUGAAAAGCGUGUUGUGACCAAGAAGGGUACGGGUGAUGCAGUUAUUAAAGGGAUGCAGGACCAGGAGGAUGCAUCCAACAUUUUCACCGCUGGCCGUGGUAAAAGGAGACAGCUUCUAGUCACUGCCCCGGGAACUACUAAGGGAAAAAGGGUGGUCAGUGAAAAAGUGGAGAAGAGCAGUCCCCCUGGUCUAGCAGGGACAAAACACUCUACUGAGGGAAGGGGGGAGCCACUGGAGACUACUGCAGGAAGACGAGACUGUCCAAAAAGCCAGGUUGGAAAGAAGCAGGAAAGGAAGUAUCGAUCUGAGGGUGCUCAUCAUGGAUUCACUGAGUAUAACCCCUAUCCCCAGCAAAAUGAAUUGCUGACUGAUCUCAACGUCCCCACAACAAGCGAAGAGCAGCUGGAGUACCUACGUUGGAAAAAAGAGCGUGAAGAAAUUGACAGAGAGCGUGUGGCCCGCCAUAAAAACUCCAAGGGUCAGUGGAGGAGAGCCUGGGACAUGGACAAACCCGAGCUUACGUAAGCCGCCGUGGCCGUUCUCUGCCUGUUGCAUGCUGUUUGUGUGCCUCAUGAACGCAUAUGAUUUAUACAGUUUGUCUUGGUUUUGGUUUGGGCUUUAUCUAAUUUUCUUUUGUCUGUUUGUGUAGCUGUUUCUCUUACUGCAUGUGCAACUGCCACUAAAUUUCAGUUCUUUUGAGGCAGUCAACUUGAGUCUUUGAGUGUUUUGUGCAUUUUUCGGCUUUCUUUAUAUUGAAAAGAAAAAUUUAUUUUUGC